UUCCAAUACGCGAGCACCGACAUGGAUAAGGUGCUGCUCAAGUACACCGAGUACAAUGAACCCCAUGAAAGUAGGACUAACAGCGAUAUCGUUGAGGCACUGAAUAAGAAGGAGCACAAGGGCUCGUCCAACGGGUGCGACAGUCCUGAGCCCGACGACUCUCAAUACACUUUGACUCCAAGAACUGAAGCCAAAUACAAUAAAAUCAAUGAAGAGUUUGAACUCAUGAUGCAAAGGAACGCCGCACAUAUUAAUGGCAACAGAUCAACACCGACAUCAGGAAUGAAUCAAUCGUCCGGAAUAUCUCCCAUUCCCGUGACUCUGCCCUUAAACUCUUCGCCAUACGGGCCUCAGGAUUCUAGUCUAUUGCAAAGCACUCAACUC